AUGGCCGUAAUAACUCCCAGGAAGAUCUACCAACAUCCUUUCCCAAAGUGGUAUGACCCUGAUGCAACUUGCGCGUACCAUGGGAAAACCCUGGGCCACUCCACCGAAAAAUGUCUGGCCCUUAAAUACAAGGUUCAACAUUUGAUAGAUGCCGGAUGGAUGACGUUUCAAGAGGAUCGGCCCAACGUGAAAACAAACUCGCUCACCAAUCAUAGAGGGGGAGCAAUUAAUGCCGUAGAGUCGGAUAGGCCGCGCAGGUCUAAGCCUUUAAAGGAUCCAGAGAAUCUUCUUCUGGACUUAAAUGGUGUUCUGAAAGUUACAGAUUUUGGAUUGAGUACAUAUGCACAACAGGAGGAUGAACUUCUUCGAACUGCUUGUGGAAUUCCAAAUUAUGUUGCUCCUGAGGUGCUUAAUGAUAGAGGUUAUGUUGGUUCUACAUCUGAUAUCUGGUUAUGUGGAGUCAUCCUCUUUGUGCUUAUGGCCGGGUAUUUGCCCUUUGUUGAGCCAAAUCAUGCGAAACUGUACAAAAAAAUUGGCAGGGCCCAAUUUACAUGUCCAUCAUGGUUUUCUCCUAAGGCAAAGAAACUAUUGAAGCUUAUUCUUGAUCCAAACCCUCUAACAAGGAUAAAAGUUCCUGAACUUUUAAAAGAUGAAUGGUUCAAAAAAGGAUACAAACAAACAACUUUUAUAAUGGAAGAGGAUAUCAAUGUAGAUGAUGUUGCUGCUGCUUUCAAUGAUUCUAAGAAAGAUUCUAUAGAAGCUGAAAAUCUUGUGACGGAGAGAAAAGAGAAACCAGUGUCAAUGAAUGCUUUUGAGCACAUAUCUAGGUCACAAAGCUUCAACCUUGAAAAUUUGUUUGAGAAGCAGCAAGGGUCUGUUAAGAGAGAAACACAUUUUACCUCACAGCGCCCUACAAAUGAAAUCAUGUCAAAAAUUGAGGAAGUUGCCAAGCCUCUGGGAUUUAAUGUUCACAAGCGAAAUUAUAAGGGAUCAAAUCGGUUGAUGCAUAACAAUGUCAAGGACUAA